AGUGGGCAAUUUGGGAUGAAUCAUUGAUUUGUGGAUUUUCUGUAUCAUCUUAGCUCAGGGGGUUGGUGGGAAUGGGUCUGGCACACACUGGAGACUUUGAGGCCGACAAAUCCACACGUUUGCGCAGGAAGAUAACUGGAAAUCAACAUUUGUAUUAUUUGGGAUAACUCGACAUUGGUCGGAUAAAGGAAACAAGCGAGUAUGAAUGCCAUAGUUGAAGCUUUGGCCUUCUUCCUGGGGUUUCUGGCCUGGCUGAUGGUUGGGAUCGCACUUCCAAAUCGAUACUGGAAGGUCUCUUCAGUGGAUGGUAACGUUAUCACCACGUCUACCAUCUAUGAAAACCUAUGGAUGUCCUGUGCAACUGACUCUACGGGAGUUCACAACUGCCGCGAUUUUCCAUCUUUGCUCGCACUAAAUGGGUACAUUCAGGCCUCCCGGGCACUCAUGAUCGCUGCCAUUGUGUUUGGGACAUUCGGCCUCGUGGCAACUCUCGUAGGAAUGAAGUGCUCAAAGAUAGGAGGAGAAAACUACGUCCUGAAGGGGAGGAUCGCAGCCAUUGGAGGAGUCUUCUUUUUAUUACAGGGGAUUUGCACCAUGAUUGCCAUAUCUUGGUAUGCAGCCAACAUCACUCAGCAGUUCUUUGAUCAGUUUUAUCCAGGGACAAAGUAUGAGAUCGGAGAGGGCCUGUAUAUUGGCUGGUCUUCAGGCACACUUGCCAUCUGUGGAGGUGCGUGCCUGUUGUUUGCUUGCAAAGUCAACGAUCCGAGCGAAAAAAUACCAUAUCCAUACCAACCGUCCUCCAGAGGACACGUGCUCUCACCUGGAGCGAUGACUCAGUCUGCCCCGAGCAACUAUGGAAGAAAUGCGUAUGUCUGAGAGGCGAAGGGAGCUGACCAGAGCAAUUCACCAGACAAUGACAGUGGAAAACCCUUUUGAUAAGACUCAAGAUUUCACACAACUGUAUCAGGUUAGUUAAAAGCAAUAAUAUUAAUACAACAUUAAAUGUAUUCAACUUAAUAUUAUUGCUUUCAAAUAACUUCAUUGUGGAACUUGUUGACAUAAUACAUUUAAUUCAAGUCCACGUUCAGUUUCCUCAAUGAUCAUAAUCAAUGUUUAGGAGUUUAAAAGCAGCUUUCUUGAUUUGAUUUGGUUUUAUCCAACUUUUUAACGCUACAUUUAGCUGAACAUGAAUUUGUAAUAUCCAGCUUUAUUAUAAUGAUUGCUACAGGAAGACCUGAUCCUAAGCUGAUAACUAUACCAUGACAAAUCAUACCAUCUGACAGUAGGGCGUGUACUGUAUACUACAUAAAUAUAUUCAAGUUUACAUAGAUUUGUAUUUUUUAAACUCCUAUUUAUCACUAUUUAGUAGGACUGUGGAUGCACUCAAGUUAGAGAUAUUUAAUCAAGUAUAAUCCUUUGUGUACCCAUGCAUCCUCAAACCUGCCUCAGGUUUUCUGGUCAAUAAUUUGUCUGCAAAAACACCAAGAGCUCAAAAAAACCUGAUCUGAUUUGAAUCCCAGCUUUGAGCCAGAACAUUUGAGUAACACAAAUGUAAAUGUCUUAUUUGUACCUUUUUUUUUAGCAGGUGUAUGUUGUUAAAGUCAUACAUUGGGUGAUUGUGUGUGUGUUGCUGUGGAUUUAAAGUAUGUUUUAUAGUUUUAUACUCAAAUAUUUUUAGUAGCUGAUUGCGUAACAACCAUAUCAAAUGUUCACCGUGAU